AUGCGCGCGCUCUGCUGGCAUUGGCCGCGUCCAGGGCGUCUUCUAGCUCUGGCCCCUCCCCCUCUCGUCGUCUUCACGCUCGUGAGCAUGUCCAACAGCUUCACCGCAUCGUCGUCGUCCUUCCCCGAGUCGUUCGACCUCACCACCAGCCUUGCCUCGCUCCACUACCCCUCCCGAGCCUCUCAAACGAGCUCGAGAACCUCUCCUGCCCCUCCCAUGGCCGAAGCCUCGCCGCGGUGCUCCGCUCAAGUUCGGCCGACCCGAGCCACCCCUCCAAUCCCUGACCUCAGCCACAUCGUCCCGGUGCUCCGGCGACCCUCCCCAGCCCCUCCAUUCUUCGCCGGAGUGCCUCAGGCUGUCGCCCCCAAGAUCAGCCGCCGCCGCCCAAGCCCUAUGCUCCGCGAGCCGCCGACGCCCCAUCCCCUCUCCGGCGCUACUGCUGCUCCAGGCAGGAGCAGCACACUGCCCCGCGUCCUCUGGUGGCCUCCACCUGGCCGGAGCCAGCCGGAGCAGGCUGGCCCGUCGCCGGCAGCGCCCUCCCCUGCUCCCUCCACUGUUUCCAUCGGGGGUGGACAGAGGAGGAAGAAGGCAGGGCCAGGCGGGCCCCGCUCCUCUUCCCUCACCCCACCCGUCAGCCGCACAAACCCCGGCCCCGCCUCUGCGCGCGUUGACCCGGUCGGCCGAUGUGGAUAA